AUGUCGGCAUUCUGCUCACUCUGGCGAUCUUCGACAGCUGGCCCGCAUCUCCCUACUGCACCGAGCCCGGGUUUCGCAGUGCCCAGCCAGCUGGAUGCCCACCGGGAGAGAGGUCUCUCGGGCACAGUCUGCUCUGCUUUGUGUGCCUUCGGCAUCGUCUGUGCCGGCAUGGCAUAUCGCAAGGUGCGACGGGGCGCGCGAGGUGCUACCCAGGGCCAUGUGGUGGCGACCAGUCCGGCCCAGGAUUUGGCAGGCACAGAUGCCGCCUUCCAGCAAGGCGCUGCUCAUGAGGCCAAAGGAGAAAUCCAGGAGGCACGGCAGUGCUUCCAGAAGUCCAUGCAGGCAGGCUAUCCGCGAGCAAGGACACGGCUGAUCAACAUCGAUAUGCUGCUCUUAGAUCCUGCUCUCCCUGGCAAGUUGGAGGCCUUGUGGGUAUCGGCCGCCCAGCACUAUGACAGCUUCGAAGCGGAGUUCCUACGCACCGGCCACGUCUCCGAGGAGUCCUGGCAGCACCUGGAGGCCGCAGCGACUGAGUUGACGGAGCUCGCGAAGUUCAACUUGGGGGAUUGGCGCAUGUACCAACUGUACGGGCGGCUUUUGGACGUCUACACGGUGCUUUCACGGGACACGAAGCACGUGGCCCUUGCCGCUCAGUGGGCUGUGCAACGUGCAGUACAUCCUCUUGGGCAAAAUGCUUACGCCACUGAGGAGUCAUCCGAGAAAGACGAUUUCAAUCAAGCGAUCACUGCGGCCAUGCUGUACUACCGCAGGAUCGGGGAUCAAGAGAGGUUGCAGAAUGCCAUGGAGUUUGCCAACAAGCACCCUUAUGCGGCUACGCACUAUCAGAACUCCUGGCAGACGCCCCGCACUUUUCAUCCCGGCUACCGUGGCCAGCCCUGGUGGGAGGGCGACUCUUUUCAGCUGGUUCAGCGUCUGGAGGGGGGUUGGAAGGACCCAGACACCCGCGCCAAGAUCACUGAAGAGCUCGACACUCUCCUUAGUAAGGGAGCCUUCGAGCGGGUCUUCUCGCCUUCAGCGCUGGUGGUACCGGGCUCCGUGAACGAGGACCGCAAUGGAGCCGAAUGGUCAGAAUACCUCCUCUACGAUCCCAAGAGCGUUAAGCUGGACGAAGCGAAAUGCGCCGGAAUUCCGACUCUGUCCUCUUUGCUGCGAGACCCAUCGAACAAAGACGCGGUUCACCCGGAGAUCAACAAGUCCACGGUUGUUAGCAUCCUUUCCCUCGAUCCGGGGGCCCGGAUUAUGCCGCACUGCGGCGUGACGAACCGACAGCUGGUCAUGUUCGACGACAGCUUUGAGCACAGCGUGUACCACGCUGGCAAAGAGCGGCGAUAUAUCCUCUUCGCAAUGCUCCGUCACCCAGACAGUCCUGCGGAUGCUUAA